UAAUUGUGCCAGUUCGAUAGAAUACUUUGAAAAUGAAGUGUUUAUAGACCUCCACAUUUGAAAAUUUUAUGAAAACUAUUUUACAAAAAUAUAAAUAAAAUUAUGAUACUGAAAAAUCGAAAAACAUAAAUAAAUUAACUAAUUAUUUACUUUGUUGUGUUUACACUCAUUGAUGAAACAUAUUUUAUAUAAUGUAGUUUAUUAUGUUACUUUAUACACAUAGAUUCCUAUCGCAAUUAACAACAAUAAAUAAAAAAUGUAGUAAUUUUAGUUUUCGAUUCUUUAGUAAUAUUCGGAAUGUUGCAGUAGUAGCACAUGUUGACCAUGGGAAAACUACCCUUGUGGACCAAUUUUUGAAGUAUACAGGAGGGAAAUUAUCACAUACGAGAAUAAUGGACAGUCAUGAAUUGGAAAGAGAACGCGGUAUUACAAUUUUAUCCAAAGUUACUAGAAUAAACUUGAAUAACUAUACCCUGAAUAUAAUAGAUACACCCGGCCAUUCUGAUUUUGGCGGUGAAGUGGAACGGAUUUUAAACAUAGUAGAUUGCGUAUGCUUGCUGGUAGAUGUAGUAGAAGGACCUAAAGCUCAGACCAGUUUUGUUUUGAGAAAGGCUCUAGAGAACCAAUCAAUGAGGGCAUUGGUACUUAUAAAUAAAUGUGAUAGAGAAUGCCAUAAGACUCAAAAUGAAAUUGAAAAUGAAUUAUUUGAUUUAUUUUUGGAUUGCAAUGCAAAUGAUGAGCAGCUGGAGUUUCCAAUUUUAUACGUUUCUGCCAAGGAUUCUGUAGUCUCAAAAAGUUAUCCACUUUCUCAAAGUCAAAACUAUGAUAUUUCACACAUUUUGAAAACAAUAAUUGAAUAUUCUCCAGAACCUAAGGUUUCCACCAAUACUGACUUGACAUUCCAAGUUAGCCUAAUUGACAUUGAAGAAGGAUCAUAUUUGGUAACUGGUAAGGUAUAUAGUGGGACUGUUUCUCCUGGAUCCAUGCUUUAUGUUCGAGAUUACCUGGGAAAUAAAAAGGGUACAACCUAUGUAAAGGAUGUUUUCGUCUUCGUUAACGGCAAAAGAGUAAAGAUGACUGAUCCAAUAUUCCCUGGAGAUAUUGUAACAAUUCAGUGUUAUAAAGGAAUAACUCCUCAAGUAAAUGAUACUGUUAGCACUUCAAUAGAUUUCGAGCCUAUCCCUCCAGUUAAGGUCUCAGACCCAGUGAUUUCGGUUCUUAUUUCUGCAAACUCAAGUCCAUUUUCUGGAAGAGAUGGCAAAUUUAAAACCACAUCAGAUAUAGGCAAGAGGUUGAAAAGAGAGGCUCUGACAAACCUUUCCUUGCAAAUACAGGAGAGUGAAGACAAGAAUUCAUUCCUUGUUAAGGGUCGGGGUGAGUUACAGAUAGGGAUACUUUUGGAGAACAUGAGAAGGGAAGGAUAUGAAAUGACCGUAUCUCCUCUUUCAGCAAUUACAUUUGAGCAUGAAGGAAAUAUUGUAGAGGCUUUGCAAAGGAUGAUAGCCUAUGUUCCAUCAGAGUUUUCAGCCAAGGUGGUUGAUAAUGUAAACUCAAGAAACAUGGAAAUUACUAAAUACACAGAGCUGGAAGGAAGUGAAAAAUAUACAAAACUUGAGUUUGAAGGGAGUACCAGUCAGAUGAUGGGAUUAAUGCCAGUACUAAGGGACGUAACUAGGGGGAGAGGAGAAUUCAAUGUAACAAUGAUUGGGUAUUCAAAAGCUGGAAGUAAAAUAUAUAACGCUAGAACUACAGGAUCACUAAUAUCAUGUAACGCAGGAACCACCACAGCAUUUGCCCUAGACCCAGUCAUGUCAAAGGGCACCCUGUUUGUUUCAGAAGGGACACAUGUGUACCAAGGCAUGGUGAUAGGAGAGUCUUAUACUGACAAAGAUUUACUGCUUAACGUUACCAGGGUCAAACCAGUAACUGGAAUGAGAAAUAAAUCACACGAACAAAGUAUUAAGAUAGUAACUAGGCCACUUAAUGUGGAGCAAGCCCUUGCAUUCAUUAACUCAACUGAGCAACUGGAGUUGACGCCGAAGCGCAUAUCAAUUCGUAAAAAAAUUUUGAAUCAAUCCUGUUGAAAAUAUUUAUAUUUACCUAUUGUAAAACAAUAUUAGGACCUCAGUUAUCCGACCUUCGCGGAUGGGGUGCUAAAUUCUUUUUUAAACAUUAUAUUUAUUAUCCUUUU